AGUAAGGUAGCGUGAAGCGUUGCCUAGCCGACAAAGCUAACUCGCUCGACUUUAAGAAGAAGUCGGAUGAACGGCGUACAGUGCCUGUUAGCCGAACGGGAAGGAUGAAGAUGAAGAACGGCGGUGCGUGAAGAUCUCCUGCUGUCAGUCGGUGGUCAACCGUCUCGGAGGAAGGACGUGUGGUGCCGCGUGCCUUCUGCCUCGUCUCGAUCCUCUCUCGUCGAACUACGAUAUACGUUUUCUUCGAAACCUAUCGUUCAACGAUUUGCCUACGUUCGCUAAAAUACUCGCUCCUUAUAAAUUAGAAAAAAGAGAGACGAGCAAAAGGGACAUCGGUUAAACGAUCGCGAAUGAAUUUGUCGUUGAAAACAUCGAACCGAUCGCGGUGCUUGGAAAAAUAACCGCGUGAUCGAAAUUUAGAGUUUCUUUAUUUCUUGGUAAAGACGUUGGAUUAGCGGUUGAUCGUCGGACAUAGGGAGGAGUUUAUCGUGCGAGAAGUCAUAGGAAAAGUGAUCAGAGGCAAUCGUAAGCGAUCGAAAACGAUCGAUGUUAAUUGCAAACGAUUCUGGUGAUCGGUAUCGAAGCUGAGAUUCUGCGUUUCAAACGGAGUGAAAAAUGGGACCAGCGUGGUUCGAAAGCAUUUAAAACAGGUCUGAAAAAUGAACUGGUUUUUUAUGGGUCGACCCAUUAAAAGGUAGACAGAGCGAGAGAAGAAAAAAUACGUUGGUCGCGUAUAAAUAUAUCGGCAACUGUGCUUAACGGGACUGUUGAGGACUGUGAAAACAAAAAUUGUGCUACAACCGUGACCUUGAAUACCACGGGCAUCGCGAACAUAUCGUUGGCCUAUGCGUGUCUACGCGCGCGAAUCUCCAGCUCGAGCGGAGGCGUAUAACACUCGCGUUUCCCUCGAAUAAAUUUCCGCCUCUGUUUUCUCUAACAAUCGGUAGUAAUCGUUCACGGACGACUGCAGAAGAAAAGGAACUGUGUCCAACAAUGAACGCGUCUGGAAACGUUUGAGACGACGACGACGACGACGACGACGACGACGACGACGGCGGCGGCGACGACGCGAUCCCAUUGUCCGUGGAAGUUGGACGUGAGUGGAAAAAGAGCAGCAAGAAACUGGUGCUGGAAGAGAAACGAAGAGGAAUCAAUGAAAGAUGGCUUCUAUGUGUGGCAGCAGCAGCAAAAGUUACCCGGCGAUUAACACCGGCAGCUACUACAGACCAGCAGCUUAUCCUUAUCAGAAUGAUUAUUAUUUACCACCGCGGUCCACGUGGUCCAGAGUCUCACCUGAACACACGAAGAAACAAAGGGGCAACAGUACAUGGAAAGUCGGCAGUGCGAUGUUAAUCAUCUCUGCUAUGUUGGUAUUAAUCGCGGUGUUCGCGAUUGCAGGACUUGCGCUAUGGAUGGGAGCCCUUCGGACGGAUUCGAAAAAUGCGAUCGUUGGAUUCUCCUGCAUGUUCAGGGUGUCUAAGGGUGAGAAAUAUAAUCCGAUGUUGAAGCUGAAUACCAGUAUGGUGUUCCGUGAAAAGGAACGAAAAUAUAAGAAUAUAUUCGAAGUACUAUUUAGAAGAAGCGUGUUCGGCGCAGCUUACAAACAAACGAUCAUAGACAAAUUCGAAAGCGGUAUUCUAAAGGUGUUCUUCAGGAUAUAUCUGGACAGAAGAAAGAUACCGCGAUCGAUCACGAACGUCGAGGACACAAUCGAAGACAUUAUCGCGAAGGAGACGUACUCAUCGUCCUCCUUGUUCAAGGAUAUGGAACUGGACCUCACUAGCAUAUCGGUAAAAAGAAUAAAUCAGGAGUUGCCAGGGAGUCAAAAGCAGGUUCAGCAAAAGAACGCAAUGAUCACGAAGAACGGCUUGCUUCGACCCAACAGAAACAGCUCUUUGAUCACCAGCUCGAAGCCGAAAUCCAAACCAACGAAAAUCGAGUCCACGGAGCCAGACAUCGACUUCAGUAACAUACCGACGAUCCAAGGCACCUAUAAAGCGACGAAAGUGAACAUCACUUCCUCGAACAAAACGAUCUCCGUUCAACAGCCUGCAAAGGCUCAGUCAGAAACGAAAAACAAUACCAAAGCGUCGUUACCUCAAGAACAAACUACGAUGAAACCGACCACCGUAGAAGACAGUACCGAAACAAUGGCGGGUGUCGCUGAAACCACCAACGAAACAGACAAGAAAGUUAAUUACACCGUUCACGAUGAAUCGUCUUGGUCGAAAAAGGCCACCACAUCCACAGCUUCCACGCCCGAAGUCGGAAACGACGAUCUGUUCAAGGAUUUCCGCAAUCCAAGCUUCGAAACUUCUCCGUGGAAGCCUAUCAUACCUGGAUACAUCAAUACGGAAUUAAAAUUAUUGCCGGACAACGCUCAAAAGCCAAAUUACAAAAGCGAAACCAACUAUAAAGUGAAUUACGGCAAUACGAAUCUGGGAGACGUUGCCUCCGGUACAGCCGUAAAGAGUCCUCAGUAUGGCGUUCACGCGAAGGUUGCACAGUCUUCGACAACCAGCACGAAAUCUCCCGAGCCAGCGGUGAUAUUAAAUUCGUAUAUAGGUGUUCCAGGAAUGAGCACGUUGGACAUUAGCGACACUGAUUUUCCACGCGAUAGAAUCGUUCCUCAGGAAAUGGUGAAUUUCAGGGUAAACGGCAAGUUUAAGAAUAAGAUUCCAGGAUUGUUAGAAGGUGGGCAGAUCUUCACGGAAGCUUCCCCGGUCAGUUUAGACGACCAGAGACCGGACAUAGAAGUUUCUGGCCAGUUACCACCGGAAACUUACGAUAUCAAGCUUCGAACUUCUUCUCAGCCUUUUGGCCUCUCCUCUUCCCAGCCUUUGGAAUUUUCUUCCACGAAACCUCAUCGAUCGACGAGCGAGAACGAAACAGGUUGGAGGAUCCCUGCAUCUCAGAUGACGUACACGAUGACAGACGGUGGACCCGCCGAUGGUCCUGUUAGCAAAGAGCAAGACGACGUUAAGAGUUCUGGCGAUUCCACGAAGAUGAAUAGAAAGAAGUUAGGUCAAACCACCGUGAUAGGGGCCUCGGACAAUUUCUUGCCUUCGAUGGUUUCCAGUACUCCGAAGUGGCACGCGCAGAGUCCGCCGGGGGCAGAUUUCGACGAAGAAUCGACGACAAAAGUGUCCGGAGUUGGAGUGGCAGAGCCUGUCCCGGACGUGGACGUGGAUUUGGAAGCCAGAAAUCGGUACUCGGAUGUUCAGGCUAUGGUGAAGCAAGAGAGUAACGCUCUGCAGGACAGGAAAGUCGAUAAGAACGCGCAAGAACCUGUGUACACCAGUUACAAGACGCCCGACCUGAAUGGAGCUGGCAUGAGACCAAGUUUGAUCGAAAGUUCUGGAACUCCGAAGCCAUUCAGACACACGAUUCCCGUGGACAAAAUUACUUCUGUCGUUGAUUACACCGAGGCUGACAAAGAAGGCUCCUUGAAGCAGGUAAUCAACACCGUGACGGAUAGUAUAAUGAAUCAGGAGGAAAGAUUCACCGAAGAAACCAGUGAUUUGAUCACAGAGAACAAAGGGGAUCAGGAAGGGGCAAUUAAAGUGCUACCGGUCAGAGAGAAUGAAGAAGAAGGAACGAAGGUGCUACCAACUAAAGAAAAUUUGAAGGAAAUCAUCGAGCUAGAGACUUUCGUGAAGAAGAACAGCGAUUCCGAGGCAGAUAUUUCUCUUGAAAAUGCAAAGAUCGAAGAAUACGCAAGAUCAACCGAAUCGAAUACCGAACGUGUAAUAGACGAUGAGAAGCUUCUGAAGUUAGGAACGACGGAAGUCUACUCGGAGAUGAUACAUCCAUUGUACAAUAAUAUAGAUAAAUUAGUCGUGAAAAAGGAGGAGAAUAAAGGGGCUCCGGGAAGGUUGACGUCUAAUAUUUCAAGAAAUUCUACGUUCAUCGAGAUCGAUACCUUGAAGCACACACCUGGGGAGGUCGAGGAUGAUUCUGACUCGACGGGGAACAAAUCGGCGACGAAAGGUGAAGACAACCGGCCUUUCAACGGAACCUUGAGUCGGCCGUACAAUUCCCUGGAAACUAGAAAGAAGACUUACAACGACACUUUGAAGGCGUACGUGGUGGAGAAUUUGGUCACUCUGGCGCCUGCUAAAAGUAAUACAGGAAUUGGAAGACCUGUCAGACCAAGACCUAAGAUAGAAGGGGAGAAGACGAUGAGAAUCGACGAGAAGCCUAACACAGACAGAAGCUCCACUGACGACAGCCUGCUCUUGGAACAAUUGUUCGGUGUCCGCAAUCGACAGAGAAACGCGACGAAACGCAAUUCGUUUAAUCACGGUGACUCCGUUAGGUUUCAUUCGGCGGAGAACGAGAGGAACAGGGAGGGAGAUUUGCAUAACGAGCAUCCUAGAGUCGAGCAAAUCGUAGAAGUCGUGACGUCGAUUAGCACUAAAGUGUCGUCGAACUUUAAAGGAAACCCAGUCGUGUUGAAAUUUGUCGUUACCAAUUCAACCUCGCUUCCGAUAAUUCGUUCAGAGUCCCAUCAGAAUGCUGACGAGACGUUCACUUCGGAAGCAUCAGCACCGAAAGAAUUUUCUGCUCCCAACGACGGAGGAAAAGAAGAAAAUAGAUCUUUCAGAGAUGAGACUUCGAACAAGGCACCGUCUUUAACGUCCAGCGAUGUGCAAACGUCCGACAGAAAGAUCUCUACGAUGGAGGAGAAUAAAUCUCUUUUGGAGAAAUUGAAGGAGUUGGCGGAUAUCGGAACGGAGAACGAGCCUGUGCAUAGCAAAAAUAGUUCCAGGCCGAGUGUCGACGCGUUAAAAUCGCAUACGUCGAACGUAAAGUCGAAACCGCCGGACGAUCAUAGGCCGUUGCCGAAUUUUGAGAAAUUGAAGCAAAUCGCUGAUAUCGCGACCGGAAACCAGACCUUGAUGAAUUCGAGCGCGGCAUUUACGAUGACUCGCGACGGCGUUGAGAUAUUGACCAAGAUAUUGAACAAAAUGGAGGAUCGCACCGAUAAGAUGAUCUCUAGCACCGAAGAGAAUUUGGAAGCUGAUCACUGUCUCGGUUUCCUAUGCAAAGACGGAAAAUGCUUGCCUUCCAGCGGCAGGUGCAAUAUGUUAGGUGAAUGCCCGAAUUCGGAGGACGAAGCGAACUGCACGUGCGCCGACUUUCUAAAAGCGCAACUCUUACACGAGAAAAUUUGCGACGGUGUGGCGGAUUGUUGGGAUUAUUCGGACGAAACGGAUUGUGAUUGGUGCCAAGAAGGCCAAUACGUCUGCGGCAACAGUCGAACCUGCAUAAACCAAGACAAAGUUUGCAACGGCUACACCGACUGUCCAGGCGGAGAGGACGAGAAGAAGUGCGCGGCGCUGAUAGAAGACGAUUCGGCGUUAAAUUACGAUGAAACGAGUAGCCUUGCCAGGAAGGACAUUAAUUCCGAGAUCAGCGUAACCAAAGAUGCACAUCCAUCGUUCGAAGGGCAGUUUUCAGAGAUAGAAUCCACCACUAACAAGGACGCCCUGUAUGAUCAAGAAGCGGUGGAAUCGUCCAUCUUCGAGUCGACAACUUUGCACGCGUUUAAAGAUGAUAUACGAUUAGAGAAAGUGAUAAGAGCCAAUGACGAGUCUGUGAUCGAGGAAGGUGGAACAUUUUUCGAGAAUCGCGAACACAGCAACGCUACUACGACUCUCGUUUCCGGAAGAGAAAUAUCGCCGAACGUGAAACACAUGUUGACGCGUGGCAACUCGAUCCACGUAAAUGCGAAAAACGACGAUAAAACGUCGAUAAUGAAUUUGAAGAAAGAAGUGAAUAAUUAUAACGAGAAGGGUUAUUUAAAUAUCAGGAAAAAUGGAAAAUGGGGGAAAUUGUGUUUGACUGGAAUGGAUAAUCUUCUGCAAGAGAGACAAACUGUUUGGUCUAUCGAGGAUCUUGGUAGAGCUGUUUGCAAGGCAAUUACAUACCAAGAUUACGAAACCGUGGAGAAGGUGUUGGACGAAAAUCCAACGUCUGUGAGAUCGUACUACACACUCUCGUACAACGAGAAACCUUUCGAUAAAACGAUCUUGACUUUCAAGCCUUCCGAGUGUCCGACUGGCGAGAUUCUCAGGGUCAAGUGCAAGAACCUUGAAUGUGGGAUAAGAACUCAGGCCCCAUCCCAGGCCAGGAUAGUCGGAGGUGGAAGUUCAUCGGCUGGAAGCUGGCCAUGGCAAGUAGCUCUGUACAAGGAAGGCGAUUAUCAAUGUGGUGGAGCUCUGAUUAACGAAAGAUGGAUUUUAUCUGCCGCACAUUGUUUCUAUCAUGCUCAGGACGAGUAUUGGGUCGCAAGAAUCGGAGCGACUCGCAGAGGAAGCUUCCCGAGCCCGUACGAGCAAGUGCUACGUUUAGAUCACAUAUCCCUGCAUCCUGAUUACAUCGAUAACGGAUUCAUAAACGACAUAGCGAUGCUGAGGCUCGAAGAACCAGUCACAUUCAGCGACUACGUUCGACCAGUGUGUCUUCCAGAGUCAGAACCAAAAAGUGGCACUACGUGCACCGUUACCGGAUGGGGACAGUUAUUCGAGAUCGGAAGAAUAUUUCCGGAUACCCUGCAAGAAGUGCAACUUCCGGUAAUCUCCACGGAGGAGUGUCGAAGGAAAACUUUGUUUCUUCCAUUGUACAGGAUAACGUCAGGAAUGCUUUGCGCAGGUUUGAAGGAUGGUGGAAGAGACGCUUGCUUGGGAGACAGUGGUGGGCCGUUGGUUUGCUCAGGAUCAGACAACAAGUACACCCUGCACGGCAUCACUUCAAAUGGAUAUGGUUGCGCGAGACCUGGAAGACCUGGAGUCUAUACGAAAGUACACCACUAUCUUCCUUGGAUCGAGUAUGCGAUUUCCAGGGAAGAUAUCCGAUCCUCGAUCGCUUCGUGCAAAGGUCAUCGAUGUCCUUUAGGCGAAUGUCUACCGAAAUCUCGAAUAUGCAACGGGUUCUUAGAAUGUUCGGACGGUAGCGACGAACGUAAUUGCCCUCUUAAUUUGUAGUGAAAUGAAGACUGAUCGUAUUUAUUUGUCCAAUCACGCGCAUUGAACGAACAAAUCAGUUACUAGAGAAUUUUAUAAAUUUACGUUUAUAAUAUAAUAUUAAAAUUCGUAUUUACGACGAUAUCGCGAUCAUAAUAUUAUAUUGAAAAGGUAUAAAUUUAUAAAAGACAAAAAUAGUGAAAAUAUUAUCUGUCAAUUACAAGUUGGAAUGGAAGGGACAAAACGUUAGGGAAAAGACGAAUGUUUAAAUAAAUAUAAAGGUAAUUAAUAGAAACGUAGGUAUUAAGUAAACGUCUCACGAUUAAAGUGUGAAAUUUUCCAUCGUUGGAAGUGUUGCUGUGAAAUAUUAAAUAUUCGUUGAUUUUACAUAGAUGUGCAAUACAUAGCUAGAAAUCAAAAGUUGAAGAUAAAUGUUAGAGAGUGUAUCGUACAUCGGUGUGAAAUAUUUGUAAAGAGUUUCGAUUAUUAAUGAUAAUUAACGAUACUGUUAACACUGAUUUAUACUCUUCUAUACAAUUAUCUUUGCGUUUGAUAGUUAACAUUAAUACGUUUGAGUUAUAUGAAUAAAUCUACUAAUGACUAUGCGUUAGAAGAUUGUUCGCGACUCGAUUCGUACGAAAAUAGCACGGAUAGUCGCGAAGAA